AUUGGGUUUGGGGCGGGUUCUGCUUCCAAAGCCAUCAUCCAACAGGCCAGGCGGGUGAGGGCUAGUCCUCCACCCUUGGCUUGCUUUUUCUGAAGCUCCAGGCAGUACUUGGCUAGCUUGCUGCCCCGUGGGUCAGCAAACUCGGAGUCCCAGGAGGAGCAUUCCACAAAGGGAAGGCCUCGGAGGAUCAGGACAGCUGCAGGAAGCCCGCCCUGUCAAGAAAAAAAAAAAAAAUCUGCCCUCCUGCCCUCCUGAACUCCUUUCUGGGACUGGUUGCUGGAGCCCCUUUUGGGACACAGGAGAUGCCGCAGACAUGGACAUGGGUGAAUGCAGACACCUAGCAGUCAGUGACAGAGGAGAGGAAAGAGCUUCCUCCCCAGAGAGCAGGGGGCCAGCAAGGGUCUGAGUGUGGGCCCACAGGCAGGGUGGGCUAUACACACAGAGUAACCUGCUCUGGAAGUCACCAGGACAGGACCUAAAAAACCCUUGCUUCAGAGGGAACAAGGGAGGCUUUCUGUAAGAUAGGGGUGAGGCCUGUAAGCUGUAAGCAGGAGCCUGGACUCUCAGGUCUGAAGAUGGCUGGAAACUGCACCUGGGAGGCCCACUCCACCAACCAAAACAAGAUGUGUCCCGGCGGGAGCGAGGCCCCGGAGCUCUACAGCAGAGGCUUCCUGACCAUCGAGCAGAUCGCCAUGCUGCCCCCGCCUCCGGUCAUGAGCUACAUCUUCCUGCUCUUCUGCCUGUGCGGCCUGGUAGGCAACGCGCUGGUCCUCUGGUUCUUCGGCUUCUCCAUCAAGAGGACCCCCUUCUCCGUCUACUUCCUGCACCUGGCCAGCGCGGACGGCGCCUACCUCUUCAGCAAGGCGGUGAUCGCCCUCCUGAACACCGGCGGCGUCCUGAGCGCCUUCGCCGACUACGUGCGCAGGGCGUCCCGGAUCGCAGGGCUCUGCGCCUUCUUCACCGGCGUGAGCCUCCUGCCCGCCAUCAGCGCCGAGCGCUGCGUGGCCGUCGUCUUCCCGGCCUGGUACUGGCACCGGCGGCCCAAGCGCCUGUCCGCCGUGGUCUGCGCCCUGCUCUGGCUGCUGUCGCUGCUGGUCACGGGCAUCCACAACUACUGCUGUGCGUUCCUGGGCCGAGAGGCCGCGGGGUCGGCCUGCCGGAACAUGGACGUCUCCCUGGGUGUCCUGCUCUUCUUCGUCUUCUGCCCCCUCAUGGUGCUCCCCUGCCUGGCGCUCAUCCUGCACGUGGAGUGCCGGGCCCGGCGGCGCCAGCGCUCUGCCAAGCUCAACCAUGUGGUCCUGGCCAUCGUCUCCGUCUUCCUGGUGUCCUCUAUCUACCUCGGGAUUGACUGGUUCCUCUUCUGGGUCUUCCAGAUCCCGGCCCCCUUCCCCGAGUACGUCACCGAUUUGUGCAUCUGCAUCAACAGCAGCUCGAAGCCCGUGGUCUACUUCCUGUCUGGGAGGGACAAGUCACAACGCCUCUGGGAACCUCUCAGGGUGGUCUUCCAGAGGGCCCUGAGGGAUGGUGCUGAGCUGGGGGACACGGCCAGCAGCACACCCAAUACGGUCACCAUGGAGAUGCAGUGUCCCCCUGGGAAUGCCUCGUGAGAGACCAGUGCCUGGGGGCAAGGCUGGGGCAGAUGGCAGCCACCGGCCUCCAGAGACCAUCUGCCAAAGGGAAAAAGCAGGGCCACUGCCCCUGUGCCACCUGGGAGGACAAGAGCUCUCUCUAGCCCCCUGGUGUCUGGAGACUGGGGUGUGACCAAGUGGCUGAGUAACAGGCAGACCCUGUGGCCUCUUUACCCCCACCUAUUUGCUUCAGUGACUCCCUGUACCAAAGGUGCGCUCCCCAGCAUAGUGGGAGGGUCCCCUCUCAUCAGAAGUUCCAUGGUGAAGGAGAGAAAGGAACCACCGGCCAUACCCACCUCCUGCCUCUACAGGCAGCCCACCUCCCACGUGACCCAGUGAAUAGGCCUCAGCCCAGUCUGCAGGGGAUGCCCAGCCUCCUGAGGUGGCAUCUGAGCAAAUUUGAGAGAUUGGUACUAUUCCGAAGAGGGUCCAGUCCACCUGCCUUGUAGCUGAGUCUGCACACAAGUCUCUGUCCCUUUGAUGAGUUAUCCGAUGACUUUAAUGGAGGAGUAUCUAACCCUGGCCAGCCACAUGACCCAGGAAGGACCUUUUGCCACCCUGGGUAGCCGACUUUCUCCGAUUCUCCCAGACCAGCCUUGGGCAGCUGCCCACAUACUUGGUGUCUUCCAGGAUGCUGUGGGCAGCUCCUGGUCUGAGUCCUUAAACUCCAGUGCCCACCUCUGAGUGGACUCUGGCUCCAUACUGGACCCUGAGGGCUGCCGUCAACAAGCAUAGUGGCCCAUGUAGCCAAAGGAAGUUUUAUAAAAGAUAAUAAAGUGUAUAUCAAUAAACAUUUUCUCUCUUGCA